AUGACAACCACAAUGCUUCGCUUAUCGCUGCUUCUGAUGUUGCUCACCACUGUAAUCUCUGAACUGUGCCACCCACACGACAAGAAAGUGCUGCUCCAAAUCAAGAAGGAACUCAACAACUCAGACAUAUUGCGUUGGGAUCCAAACACCGACUGUUGCAACUGGGUCGCCCUCACCUGCGACCCCAAAACGCACCGCAUCAACUCCUUCAAUCUUUUCGCCCAGGAAAAAUUUUCGGCCCAGAUUCCACCCUCCCUGGGCCUACUCACAUACCUGGAGUCUCUCGAUUUGCACAAGCUCCCAAAGCUCACGGGCCCAAUCCACCCCACCAUCGCAAAGCUCACCCACCUCACGUUCCUCCGCAUCGACUGGACCAACAUCUCAGGCCCGAUUCCCUCCUUUCUGGGCCGCCUCACAAACCUCACAUAUCUCAACCUCUCAUUCAACAACCUCACCGGUUCAAUUCCCGGUUCACUCUCACAACUCUCCAACCUCGGCGCACUCUUCCUGGACCGCAACCACCUAACCGGUUCGAUCCCUUCCUCGUUGGGGUCCUUGAAGUCCAACGAUCUCUACCUCAAACUCUCCCACAACAACCUCUCCGGUUCCAUCCCACUCUCCUUUGGGAACCUUAACCUCACCUUCCUCGAAUUGUAUCGAAACAACCUCACUGGCGAUGCGUCAGUGCUUUUCGGGCCGAACAAGACGGUGCAGUCGAUGGACCUGUCGAGGAACCAGCUGUCGUUCGAUCUGUCGAAGGUGGAGUUCCCGGCGAACCUGACGUCGUUGGAUCUGAAUCACAACAAGGUGUAUGGUGAGCUUCCCCAGAGGCUGACUGCACUGGAUCUGCAGAACCUGAACGUGAGUUACAAUAGGCUGUGCGGUCAGAUUCCGGUGGGUGGGAGGCUGCAGCACUUCGACGUUUAUUCUUAUUUCCAUAACAAGUGCUUGUGUGGAUCUCCGCUUCCAAGCUGCACUUAG